CAUAAUAUCAAGCAUUAUAAAAAUGAUUCUUUUACGUAUUUUAAUAUCGUUUGCUUUGGUAAAUGUUUUGGUAGCUGAAGAUACAGAUGAAAUAAUAUAUAAAAGGCAGGUUUACCUAACUAACAAAUACCUCCAGUAUACCGAAUACAACACCGAUAGAGAUUCUCUGCACCAAACAGAUUUAAUGAAAAUAAUUACAAACAUUAUUCUUGGACAAUAUACGAUGGUGGAAAUAGCAUUAAUGUUGGUAGAACCGGAAAACCAAGAUGUCGUAUUUAUAGAGCCUGUUCCAGAAACACAAGAGAACGUAGCCAAAGAAAAUAAAAGUAAAAAGUCACACAAAUGUAUGCUAUCAAAACUAAAAUUUAAAACAGCUAUAAAAUCACCUGCAGUUCAAACAGUUUUUCCCGUUCACAUUGAUUUAGAAACACAAAAGGACGUAGAGAAAAAGCAUGAAACACCAGAAAUCUUAACCAUAAAGCGUGAAAAGUUAUGGUACCAAAAAAAUGUGAUAUCAGAAAUAGAAGCUGUAAUAGGUAAAAGGUGCUCUAACCCUACAGCAAAAGACAAUAUAUUUAGAUAUUAUACGAUGACAAUUUUGGGAGAAGGAAGAAGAUUGGCAAUUUAUAAAGAUGUAAGCAAAUUGAUCAGUACAGCUGUAUUAGGAGGAAACCCUGACUUGAAAUUUGAUACAUCAGAUUUGUCAUACAAGUGUCGUUUAUUUGGAGUGCGCAUGGGUUUACACAACGUUUAUAAUAAAAAAACAUUUAUAAAAUCUGCUUUAGUUCAAGAUGAAACUUGUAUUCUAAAAGAUCUAUACAACAUUGAAACGACACUGAAAAUCAUGCCUGACGGAAUUUGGGAAUAUAACGCUAACGAUACUAAACUAAAUUUCAGUCAAUAUGUUAGGGAAAACUUGUUAAAUAAUGUUCUACAGAAAUCCUAAGGACAACUUCUUCUAAUUAUAAUUUAUUAUUAUUAUUAUUAUUAUAUGUAAAUCACAUUUUCAUGCCUUCUAAUAUCGAAAUUGUCAAUUAAUAUAAUGUCUUUAAAAAUGAAUAGUUUCAA